AUGCUGGAUUUAUUGCAGGUUCUUCAAGUCAAUCUCACCACCGUCUUUACCCUUUGCCGUGAUGUCGGAGCCUACAUGUUGACUCGGCCACCCAACAAAUCCGGUUCCCGCGGCAGCAUCAUCAACGUCGCCUCGCUAGUCUCCUUCCAAGGCGGUUUGACAGUACCUGCCUACGCCGCGGCCAAGGGAGGUGUCGCCCAACUGACCAAGGCCCUCUCGAACGAAUGGGCAUCCAAGGGGAUCAAUGUGAACGCGAUUGCACCGGGUUAUGUCGCGACCGACAUGAACACGGCCCUCAUUCAGGACCAGGAGCGGGCGGCCAGCAUUCUUGCACGAAUUCCCGCGGGACGUUGGGGGGAUCCGGAGGACUUCAAGGGAUCGGUGGUGUAUCUGGCGAGUCGAGCGAGCGCGUACGUUAGUGGUGAAAUCUUGACGGUGGAUGGUGGGUGGAUGGGUCGAUAG